ACUGCGGUUAGGAAAGGAAGGUUGGUGUAACCUUUAUAAUUUCCACUGGAACUAUUAUAAAAAAAAUCCGUCAAUGAAUUGCUCAUGAUAAUAAUGAUCUUGAGGUCUAAAAGUGCUUUAGUGGAAUUUGAUUGUUUGUGAUCGGUGUUAUAAAUAAACGUUCAAACUGGCGACCGACAGCGGCAGUGGCAAGUCAAACAUGGCUUCUUCGGCCAGAAUUAUUCAGAGUAAUUCGGCCUGGUUUCAAAAAAAGAUAAACCUGAGGCCGCAACAUCGGGGCGUCCAUCUGGUGACUGAGGAAAUUUUGAGGCAGAUACCUGAGCUAUCGCAGUUCGCCAUCGGUCUCUGUCACGUCCAAAUACUUCACACUAGUGCCAGCUUAGCCCUAAACGAAAGUUGGGAUCCGGAUGUCCGAGACGAUAUGGAAAUGAUGUUAAAUAAAAUUGUUCCCGAAGAUUUACCUUAUAGGCAUUCAUGUGAAGGACCCGAUGAUAUGCCAGCUCACGUGAAGGCGUGUUUCCUGGGAUCCUCCCUCACCAUUCCAAUAACAGAGGGUAAGCUGAAUCUGGGCACUUGGCAAGGCGUUUGGCUGUGCGAACACAGGGACCACGCGGGUUCGCGUAAACUCCUGGUCACGUUGAACGGUUGCUUACGUGAUGCCACCUGUACUCCCUUGUCGCCCGUAAGCCCCAUGGCGAGUACGAGCAGUUAGGGAAAGCACUCGGGGCACUCUCUGUCCAAGCACUGAGAGCGACCUCGAGUGAACCAUAAUAGUAAGCGUGACUGUUUUGCGGGCAUAGCCACGCUCCCCAAGCGCAAAAUGAACUUUCAACAAAAUAUACUUAACGACAAUAUGUACAUAGUUGUACAUUGUAUAAAAUAUGGUUUCGGUUUGGUUUUUGUGUAGAUUAAAGGGGAUAGAUAUAUGAUAUAUCUAUAUUUUGUUCGUAAUGACUAUUGGCCGUGACGAUAGUGAUUUCAUUUCAACACACAAAGAUGAUUUGGGCUUUUCUCGUUCCCGGGCGUUAUCAAUUCUUGGCGAUAUUUCAAUUUUCGUUACUUCGAAGACUGUUUUUUGGUAAAUAAUUCACUUACUAAGUUAAGUUACCUUGUGUUACUGAGGAAAAAAACAUAGGUUUUUGUCUCCAUUUUAUGGGUCGUGACUAAUAACAGGCUCUCGUUUCAUUUUAUUGAAAAACGCAGGUUAACGAAACCCAAAGGCGAAACUUGAAAAUUAAGCGUCAGAUAAUAGAGCUUGCAGUUGGGCGAAUUGAUAUGGUUAUAUUAUUUAUUAUUGCAGAACUCUAAACACUGGCAUUUUUUAUGUAUUUUUGGUGUAAUGUUUGUUAUUACCUUGGUUAAGAAUAGUUUUUCGUUACGUUACAAUGAUCCUCUCGCCUGGUUCAGGAAGUUACUCCCAGAUCACACAAACUCUGGUAUGUAUUGAAUUCGCCAUUACAAGCGUCAUAUUUUCGAUUGUUUUUAUUUUUGACGAUAGAAACCAUUUCGGCUUGGGGAAUUUAUGACAUAACCUCACAUUUCAGUUAAACUUUAAAUGGUAUGACUAAAUUUAACCUUUUAACUUAGGUGCCAAGUGGACAUACUAAAAAAAAUGCUGUUUAAUAUGAUGUUAUGAGCCUGUUACGUCUGAUCUUGGGUGCCGCUAGAAUUUUGCCCAAAUGAAUUUAAUGUUUUCGUCGCUGAUAUGUGGCCUAUUCCGCAUAUGUUUUUCAGCACGUUCACAUUCCGCCAUAAGCACUCUACACCUGUGCCCCUAGCCCAGAUCAUUUUUGUCAAUUCGCACAAUAUACUUUUAUCUCCAAGGGGAGAGCCGGUAGGUACUCAGAAUUCGGUUGCUUGGAAAGGUGCUAUUGCUCAGUGACCUUGACUAGUCAUACGUCUUUAUUUUUUGGCGCUCUGUUAAUGUGUAGUGAAUGCAAUAUAGGAGGCUGGCUUUGCAGCGACGUUUUAUCACACCAAGAGAUUUUUUUGUUAUAGUGUCGGAAUAUUCUAUUUUAACGCGUGGUCACAGGAUAUCCGCUAAUACCGUAGCGGAGCUUGAAAUAUUAUAUUUUUUCCAUUGUUGCUUCUAUUGGGUCCCAAACAUUCUGACUUUGAAACUCUCCUGUAUAUUUUAAUAAAAUUUUAGUACGUUUUAGUUUUAUGGUACAAUCAAUUUAUUCAAGUCAAAGUAGUGAGCAAGGCGAAUCACAAUGGAGGAAAGAAACUAGUUUAUUGAACACUCGCUCCACGGUGCUGCGCUCGUGCCUAAACAAACUAGUAACGAAAAUGAAGGGAGUGAUAGCGAACAAGAAACUCAUAUAGCUAUUAGAUCACAUAGUUGUUGGGAAACUUAACUCGUUUUUUCGUCCAGAACAUUUAGCGGGAUCUGGGUAUAUUUUGGGAGAAUACUCUUCGAAUUAACGCACUGGUUUGAAAUGACAGCUGUUGUUUGUUAAAAACGAGAUUUCAAAUGGUCGCACAUGUAUAUAUCGAAUGGCCUUUUUGAACAUUUUUUUCAUCGUCGUUUCAAAAUUUCCUGUAUUAGCAGCAUGGACUCUAAUAGCUAUAUGAAGAAACUAAAGAUAUUCUUAUUCUGCUGUUUCUUCCCUUUGUACCUUAAAUGAAAUUGGGCUCUGUUUAUUUAAUCUGAUUUUCUCUAACGGCAACGUGGGAAAAAUUGUUAUAAGGACUAAUAGUAAUAUUUUAACGCUCCCGUGAAAUUAGGGGGUAGUAACUGUUUCAUCGAGUUGGGGUGCGGAUCAUCAAACAUACAAAAUAAUGAGUGCAGCGUGUUCACCCUUACGGACUUGGGACUGCUUCUAUUUCGUUUUCCCAACUUUUUUUUUGUUGAGAACAUCAAGUAGGCGUUCUUCGAGUUAAAUGAACCAGCGAGACUAGCUUUUAACCUUGAUGCGCCGAAGCUAUACUCACACCAUUUCAAUAAAGAAACCGUGCGUUUAUAAAAUUAACCUAGCGAUCAGAGCGGGCUUGAUUUCACUUGAUUUGUGGUUGGAUUUUUAUUCGGCCCCAUUUUGUUGAUGUUUAUAUAUAUUGAAUGUUAAAGACAUGUAAUUGUUACAAUAGGGAGCUCUAAUUUGUAAACUGUGCUCACUUAUUUUUGAUUGCGCACACGGAGAAGCUGAACGAUCGUACCCGUUCGCCGGUUCUAAGUUCGUGCUAGUCCAAUUGUUAUUGAUUUGAGGUUAACGGACGCCCCAUAUCGACGUAACCACAAGAACAAAACGUUUUACCAGUUUCGGUAGAUCCGUCUUGAAUUUUUUAACCGAACUGCCAAAAUAGAACUCGCUUUCGCACCUCCCCUAUCGAUUUUGUAGUUGAAUUAAGACAAUAAGUGUGAAUAGUGUCGAUAUGGCCGUUCCGCUCCUCGUGUACAUAAGUAACAUUACGGGUUGUACAUAGUUGUGCGUUGUUUUGGACUGAUGAGUCUGUCUUCCUUCUGUAGCAAUACUCGGACAUUUUGUUUCCCCAAAUCUUUCCCGGAAUUUGGCAUGACAUCGAUAUUACGCGAAUAUUCAAAAUUAUCAAGGUUUAACGUUCUACGCUACUUUAAUAGAGACUUUUUGGGGCGCUUAUUUGACACUUCGUUGUGGCGGUGGAAGCGGUCGCGCUUCCACGAUGUCACGUCUUGGUUUUUUAGCGCUACCACUGCCGUUGUGGCAGAUUUUUGAUACGCGUUGUAUAAGUAAUAUCGGAUUUGCAGUUUUUGUGGUUUGCGUGUCUCAAAAAUUCUGGUACGUUGGUAGGAAACGCUACGGCUGUCAAAAUUUCGAAUGUUCCAAAAUGUCCCUAUUUUUAAAUGUUCCAAAAUGUCCCAAAUAUCUAUGUCACGCUCGGAAAAUUUAAAUCGUGCAACGACGGUUUAUCAAAAAAAAAUAUAUAUAAAAAAGACAGGGUACAACAAAAAUGUUGGUACACCAUUAAAAAUAUAUUCUUUCGCUGGCCGUUUUCGUACUGCUGGGAUGACGAGUGAAAGGGAGCGUAGACUAGUAAUACUUUCACUUUUUGAGUGUUGCACCUUGUUAUUCACACGUUUUUAGUAAAUUCUUCGAGACAGUCUUGGCGUUCUGCGUUCCUUUUUUUUUAAUUUAGUCGCAUGACGGUUAUACUUAGGCUGGGUCUAGGUAUAAGGUAGACUGUUUGGGGGGAAUCGGGUUUCUUUGUUGUUGUUGUUGUUGUAGAAUCGAGCAGAAUACCGAGAUAUUUGGCCUUAAAACGUACUCUUAAUGUAAACAAAAAUAAUUUUAACCACCUGAGAGUAACAGCAUGCAUUUGUCGAAUUAUCGUUGUUGAUUGUUAUUGAAUUUGUAAUAUUUUUUUGUAUUAGCCACCUUGUAUAUACCUACAUGAUGCAACAUUGAGAUGUUCUAGGCGGAUAAGAAGCAAGUUACCCCAGGAAAAUAUCCGUAAUAUCUAAUGAUGAUGGUUCUGCAUGAAAAAGUUCCUAAAAACAUUUGUUUUGAUUGUGUUCCAUUUUGGAAACGAGCCAGAGUAGAUUGAUGUCGAUUUCAAAUUCACCGUUACAGACAUUUGUCCUGGUCGUAAUUUGUCGAAUCUUGUUACUGUUAAGCGAAUUAAAAUGCAUUUUUUGGCAAAAAUACGGCUUUUUACAAUUUUUUAUUCUAGUUUUAAGACGUUCGAUAUGUCUCGGCCAACGGAUGCAAAUAUAAAUUAAUACAUUUUGCUCGACACUUGUGUGGGAACUUGGGUAUUGGGCUAGUUUUUAGAAACCAAAACGAGCUUACACUUUUUAAGCAGUCAUUUUUUUUAUUUACCCAUCCGUCCUUGAAAGUAUAACUAUUAAAAAGAAAAACCCACGCGAUGUAAAUUACAUUUAGGGAAAAAAGUAACAAUUAGAAGGGAUACGCGGUUUAAAGCAUUUGCCUAAUAGUCGUAGCUGUAUUUUUGCCUCCACUCUGUAAAAGAGGAAGAUUUUCUAUUGGUAAGCAAUCAAAAUAUUGCGCAACAUUUCAUUGAAAGUCGUACCAACGAUUUUGAUUUAAUGAUGAACCUUUUGGUGCCUUUUUUUAAAAAAUAAAAGUAAUAUCCAUCCUCCUCGUUUAUACUGGUUUGUCGUUGGUACGAUUUUUCCGAAACUCGGGGCGCAAGGAGUUCGCUAUGAAAAAUGUGGCACUUUCGUGUUUCGAAAAGUCUAAUUGAACUGUACCAAAAGAGAUAUCGACGGAUUCUUUUUUAAUGGUGAACCCCCAUUUCAUAUUUAUAUAUUAUUAAAUAGGUCACUGCCACUAUUGCAACAAAUCUGUAUAUAUUUUUGUUCGAUUGGUUUUUUUUUGCUUUGCUCACAGAUUUAGUUGGUACGUGAAAACGGGAAACAUUCAAAAGGAAUAACUUUUUGUAGAAAAAAAAAGAAAAAAACAUGUAAAAAAAUAAGGUUUCGUUUAAAUAUUUAGGCCGCGCUUACGCAAGGAUCGCCUAAUAAUACGAAAAUUAAACGUAGUCUAAGCUCGAAAUAUGUUAAUAAAUAAAUUGCAUAUCAACGUUGUGUAUUUAGGAGGUUAUAUUGUUGCGUUCACACCGUAUAUUUUCGUAUUGGCGGCUUUCGUACGACCAUAUACUUUUAAGAUUUUAGAUUGACGUUACAUUCGAAAUUCGAAAAUCUGUGGGUAAACGGUAAAAAACUGAUCCAUUGUACGUACUGAGUACCGAAAAGGGGUAUGAGAGAUUUAAACAAGAAAAAAGUGAUCACGCUGUUUUCGUGCGGCGGAUCUUGCGUUCUAUAUUGUACCUAGCGCAUAAUUUGCAUAAAUAAAAUUAAUAAAUAAUAGAA